GGCAAAUCAGCUGUUCCGCUCGUCACGAACGUGACGGUUUGUAAAAUUAAAUUGUAUAAUUGCUGUAUUAAAACACUAGCUAAACGCAACUUGCUGUCGACCGAUGGAUUCCAAUCUGCGCAACCUCAAAGACUUUUUCACAUUAUACAACAAAGUGACGGAAUUGUGUUUCAGCCGAUGCGUGGAUAAUCUCAGCCAGCGCGACCUGGGCGGGAAUGAGGACCUCUGUGUGGACAGGUGCGUUACCAAGUUCGCGCGCUUCAACCAGAAUAUGAUGAAAGUGUACGUGGAUGUGCAGACCACUAUCAACGCCAAGCGCAUGGAGGAGAUGGAGGAGGACGCCCGCAAGGCCGAGCAGCAGCAGAGGGAGCAGGAGAAGGAGCGACUGAAAGAGGCGGCCGCCACGGCAGUACUUACACCUGUCCAGCCGCCUGUCGCCGGCAAUCUGUCCAUGUAGCAGCAGUGGCAUGCAACGCCGUAGCUGCUGUUCUCGAUCCUAGAUAGCUAAUCGCGGAGUCCAGACCGCCCUCCACACCCGCAGUCGGCGACCACACUUACUCUUUCUACAAACAACAAAAAAAAAAAAAAAAA